UCGACUGGGGAGGGAAGCCGUGAUUGGCUGACUCUUGCUCAACUUCCUCGGUAAACAAAAACACUGCAGCUCAGCAGACAGGCUUGCCCUCAUUCUGAGAGCUGUGGUAUGCCUGUUUAAAAGACUUGUAGCGGGACGCCGGAGGCCUGUGCUCCCUGCCUGAAACUGGAAACUAGAAGGAGCGUGAUCCACGGACUGACUGAACAAUGGUGGUGUGAUCCACAGAGGAAGUAAUUCACAUCGUAUGCUGAGACCAGAGGCAGAGGGGAGUAGCAGUGAGGCGCAGUCACAGUAGCACAGACACAGAGCAAAAGUGAAUAAUGGACAAUGGUUAUGCAGUUUUAUCCAAUGACAUCACUCCUGAUUCUUGUAAAGUUUGCAUUACUGAUGUGUCUGAAUGCUUCAUAUGCCGAGAUGGAGAGCUAAGGGACCAACAUGCUCUGAAGAAUUUCUGUGACUGCAAGAACCUGUUGGCUCACGAUCGUUGUCUCAUCACCUGGAUUAAGAAGGGUCUCGGAAACGAAGAAAAGCCAAAGUGCAGCGUGUGCAACGCAGAGUACCAGCUCCUGAGACGCCCUCCCUGGAGGUCGGUGGCGUGCCAGUGGCAGACCUGGCUGGUUCUGGCCGUCAGUCUGGCCCUGAUGAGCCUCGUCCCUUACGUGGUGUACCGGCUGAUGACGGCCUUCCCGAACCCUCAGCCGCACUCCUUGUUCAAAGCGGCCGCGGUCUCCUUCGGCCUGCUCUCCGAGACCCUCCUGAUGAAGUGCCUCGCCGGCUACUUUGCGGGGCGCUACCGGCGGGCCGAGCAGUCCUCGUUCACGGUGCAGCCGCGGAGGCCGGCGUUCCGCGAGGCCGGCCCUAGCCCGCGGUCGCCGGCGGCCGCCGGUCAAAGCGCGUCAGCGGCAGCUGUGGCCACCCGAGCGGGGGAGAGGAAGCAGGGGAAUGUCAAGGCCAGCCAGAGAGAGGGCCUCAAGCCCUGAGAGGGAACAAUGAACAGCAUGCCCCCGGAUGGAACCCGAGGAAAAGCCCAGCAGCGAUGGGGAAAAGAAAAAAAAAAACAGAUUGACUCUCAGUGACUCAUUUAGCUUCUGGACUGGACAGACGUCUACCCUGCUGGCGACUCUGGCCAUUUGUCAACGGAACAGACACUACAGAGGGGAGAUGUGACUCGCCACUAUAAUGCUGGAGGACUUUGGGGCGCAUGUGGUUAAGAAGGAGAACUUUUAAGCAAUGGCUUGACAAUAGAGCCUAAUAGUUUUGAAACAUAAUAAUAAUAAUACCUUUAUUUAUAUAGCACCUUUCAUACAGAGUAUGUAGCUCAAAGUGCUUUGACAGAUCAACAGUCAUACCACAAUAUCAGAAUAAAACCAUAUCACAACAAUGAGUAAAACAAAAAAUAAAAAAUAAAAGAAAAUAAAUAAAUAAAUAAAUAAAAUGAGUAGAAAAGGGUAUCUUUAAUUGUAUGCCAGGUUAAAAAGUUGUGUUUUCAACUGUCGUUUAAAAAUGUCUACUGAGUCCACCUCUCUAAUACCUUUUGGCAGGAGGCUCCACAAUUUUGGCACGUAGUGGAUGAAGGCAGCUUCCCCAAUUUUCUUUUGGGGAACCAUUGGUACAAUUAAAAGACCUGCCUCAGAGGGCCUAAGGGAUCAUGAGGGGACACCAGGGACUCUAAAAUGUAUGGGGGUGCUAAGCCAUUAAAAGUCUUAAAAACAAGUGACAAAAUCUUAAAAUCAACUCAAAAAGAUACAGGGAGCCAGUGCAGUGCAGCCAAGACAGGGGUUAUCUGCUCUCUCUAUAUGCUCUCUCAUUUCAUUGCUUUUCUGUGGAAGGAUUUUUUUUAAGUGAGCAGUGACUUUUUGAAAUCAAUGAUUUAAGUGUCUGGCACUUAGGGAUUUUGGGGAAUAUUGUUGUGGUGUAUAGAACUGCCACACGCUCCCCUCUGUGCAACUGGCUUUAAUUUUCCCCUCCCACACUUUUAGCAGAAGCUCCACUGUGGCGGCCACAUUUCAACAGCUAAUUAAUCUAAACUCCUUUUAAAUAAUGUUGUGAAUUUUUCCUGUCUUGCAUCGUACUCCAGUAUUAAAUACGUGUUAUAUACCUAUAUGUGCCAUAUACUUAACUACAUUUGUAUGUUUUCUGCACUUUGGAAAUGGUCACCACAGGUGGUGAUCACCAUAUGUACAUAUAUUAUAUCCAGCAGUGAUAUUUCAUCACCACUAAAAUAAAUAAAUAUAAUGUUUUCAAAAAUAAAUCAUAAUAAAAAUCAUAAUUAAUGCUUGUUUUUCUCUAUAUUCUCGAAAGUAUGCCACCAAAGCUUUCCAAUUUUGUGCUGUAUGAAUUUGGGGUUGAAUAGAGCAGUAUUUGUAGCAGUAAUAAUUAAAUACUACUUGAUCAUAGGCUAUGCUCACAUGAGCCGUGACUAAUAUUUACGUAAUAGGUCCUGUGGUCCAGGGUCCACCGUAUUUAUUCCCAUGCAAAAAUAUGCUAUGUAGAAAUAAGCACCCAUGCUUCAAAUUGCUCAUUCUCUGUGGCAGCUGCACAUAUUGCCUAUGGUCAGUGGUUAUCACCAGAUCUUCUCUUUUGUUACUUGAGAGCGCCACACAUUCUGUACAGUAUAACAACAAAUGUCUUAAGCAUACAUAGUUCUACUAAGACAGACGAACAGUAAGUCUUUCAGUAGGUUUUUUGUCCACCCACUCAUUUUGAAACAAUAACGCAUGCACCUUGCAGAGCAAGGCACGAAGUAUGGAUAUUGAAUUCAUAAGAAAAUGUUGAAAUACUCCAACAGAAAUGUGUAAAUGGACUACUUGUUUAUUAUGGCAGCAUUUUUCAUAAUUUGACAUAUGAAGAAAUGCCAUUUUGGCAACUAAGAGUUGCCUCAAUAUAAUUCAUUAUUGGUGGGUUCUAGAAAAACUAGUAGAACAUCAACAAUGGAUGUAACAUAAUGAGCUCUGAUGAUAACAAAAAUAACUUUAAAUUGCCUAUGCCCAGUUAUGACAACUCAUGUAAUAUACAGUUAGUUGACCAUAUAUUAUGUGUCCAAAUAAACGAAGUAUGUGUAUUAUGACUCAAUGAGA